AUGAUACGUCGAUAUUACAUCAUUGUCUACCUUAUGAUUAUUUCGUUAUGCCUGUCAAGUAGCCAGGAUAACUUUUUUAACCAGUUUGCUAAUCAAGCUUUUCAAUUUGCCUAUAAAUCAUGGAAUAAUCAAAAUUAUCGUGAAGUCAGGCAUCUAAAUAAUAUUGAUAAACCAUCGUAUGUACUAGCAACCCCAGGUGGAAGUUUAUACAUUUCAAGCUUCAUGAAAAAUGAAGUUUAUUGGAUACCUAAUAUUUAUAAAUCUCAGAGUCAAGCUGUUACACUGAUUCAUGGUUCCGGUUUAGAUGGUCCAUGGGGAAUGGUAUUGGAUAAUAAGAUAUUAUAUGUAGCAAGCUUUGCAACUGACGAAAUUCGGAAGUAUAAUUCUACGACUGGGGAAUUUAUAAAUUCCUUUGGCGGUGAACAAUAUUUGGAUUGUCCAGAGGGAAUCGUAUUAGGAUCUAACAGAACUCUCUAUGUUGCCAGUUUUCUGAACGAUAAAGUAGUAAAAUUUAAUUUGGAAGGUGAUUUCUUAGGAGUGGUAGCGGAUGGGAGUAGCGGUUUGAAAGGACCAGAAGGCGUUUUGUUGAUGAAAGAUGGAAGCCUAUUAGUUACCAGUCAUUAUAGCGAUAAUAUCCUCAAAUUUAAUUCUCAAACUGGCAAAUUCUUGGGUGAAUUUGGUAAAGUUGAUAGGCCUGUAGGACUCGCUCUUGGUUAUGAUGGCUUUGUCUAUGUAACAAGUUAUUCCACGGAUAGCAUCGUAAUUUUGGAUAGCAGCGUUUUGCCAGUAGCCGAAUUAUAUACUGUUCCAGCUAUGGGAAUGAUCGAGUCUUAUCAAUCAAUAUCUCAUCAAGCGCUGUAA